CGACUCACGAGAACAAAAAAGGACAACUGCCGCAGAGAUCCCUGGGAACAACGGGCAUCUCGGAUAGCCAUCCCCGGAUAAGCUUAGCUACAGCACACCGGCCUCGGACGCUCACCGGCGACACGCAGCGAACCAGAUCAGCGCCGCCAUCGCAAGCUUCGGCCAGACCCCGAUUCUAGCCCUGCCAGCAACGAGUGGCGUUGCAGGAGAAGCAAACAAACUUGCAGCCCCAGGCCAGGCGCGCACCGGUCCAUUCGGUUCGGCUCGAAGAGAAAAAAAAAAAAAGAAACUACUACCUCGAUAACGCUGCCCGGCCAGGAGCCGCGAGACCCGCUUCAGCCCUGACUGGAAGGGGCCAAAACAAGACGUCAUAAUGGCGGGCAAGAAGGCUCAGGACAAUAGCAAGAAGGCUGCCGGUAACGCGCGUAAGGCGGACAGCGCGGCUAAGAAGAACGCUGCGGCCGAAGCUCAGCGGGAGCAGGUCGAGGACGACAAGUGGCAGAAGGGGUCCAAGGAUACUUCGAAAAAGGAGGCAGAAGCCGCCAAGAAGGCCGAGGCCGCAAAGAAGAAAGCUGAAAAGGACGCUUUGGCCAAGGAGGAGGAGGCUAGCCUGAAUGCUCGCGCCGAGCCCAAGAAAUCCAAGACGGCAGUCAAGAAAUCUCGGGGGCUGGACCUAUCUCAGCUGGACGACGACGGCAAACUCGGUGCCCUUAGCGCCUCCGGCAUAGACAACGCCCUGGAUGCCCUUUCUCUGGCGGCCGGUGGAGACGAUUCCAAGAUUGACCAGCACCCGGAGAGGCGAUUCGCUGCCGCGUACCACCGAUACGAAGAGCGGAGGCUUGACGAGAUGAAGGCGGACGGCAGCGGCACAGGUCUCAGACUGGAGCAGCGCAAGCAGAGAAUCAGAAAGGAGUUUGACAAGAGCCCCGAAAACCCCUUCAACCAGGUCAAUGCCACGUACAAUGCCUCGAGAGACGAUAUCAAGCAGAUCAAGGCCCAGGAGGCGAGCAAGGUUGAGAAGAGACUGGGGCACUAGAUAUGAUUUGCAAAAUAUUUUUUACUAUUUUCCUUGGAUCGCCCUUGGGAAGCUAAAGAUGAACGGCUUUUCCCCUCGUUGGAUAUACCUUUAUAGAAUAGGGUUGGCAAAAAGUUGAUUGGUUUAACGGGGGGGUUUUAUGUCUAACAAACCGGAAUGAAAAGACAACAGCAAUAACAUCUCCUCUCUACCAAC